AGGCGUAGACACGGCUCCUUCCGACGUACUCAGGCUCGGAGGCCCCUCAGGUACGCCUGGUACUGCUCGCGGAGGCCCCUCAGGUACUCCCCAUCCUGCCCGCGGGGCCCCUCAGGUCAACCUGUCCUGCACACGGGCCCCUCAGUAACAAAAUGGUUCAACAAGUUCCAGAAAACAUCAAUUUUCCUGCUGAAGAAGAGAAAAUCUUGCAGUUUUGGUCCGACUUUAAUUGUUUUCAGGAAUGCUUAAAGCAAUCAAAACAUAGACCAAAAUUUACCUUCUAUGAUGGGCCUCCUUUUGCAACUGGACUGCCUCACUAUGGACAUAUACUUGCAGGGACAAUUAAAGAUAUAGUUACAAGAUAUGCUCACCAGAGUGGGCUUCACGUUGACAGAAGAUUUGGAUGGGAUUGUCAUGGUUUACCUGUGGAAUAUGAAAUUGAUAAGACACUGGGAAUCAGAGGACCAGAGGAUGUAGCCAGAUUGGGGAUUGCAGAAUAUAACAGUCAGUGCCGAGCCAUUGUGAUGCGAUAUUCUACUGAGUGGAAGUCUACUAUUACCAGACUUGGCCGAUGGAUUGACUUUGACAAUGACUACAAAACUCUCUAUCCACAAUUCAUGGAAUCUGUCUGGUGGGUCUUCAAACAGCUCUAUGAUAAAGGCCUUGUUUAUAGAGGAGUGAAAGUCAUGCCCUUUUCCACUGCAUGCAAUACUCCACUUUCCAACUUUGAAUCUCACCAGAAUUACAGGGAUGUUCAAGAUCCUUCAAUAUUUGUAACUUUCCCUUUGGAGGAAGAUGAAAGUAUAUCUUUGGUUGCCUGGACAACUACUCCCUGGACUCUACCUAGUAACCUUGCCCUGUGUGUUAAUCCAGAUAUGCAGUAUGUGAAGAUUAAAGAUGCUGUCAGAGGAAAAUUAUACAUUUUAAUGGAAGCCAGAUUAUCAGCCCUCUAUAAAUUGGAGAGUGACUAUGAGAUCCUUGAAAGAUUGCCUGGUGCCUAUCUCAAAGGCAAGAAAUACAGACCGCUGUUUGACUAUUUUAUAAAGUGUAAAGAGAAUGGUGCUUUUACUGUGCUUGUUGACAACUAUGUGAAGGAGGAAGAAGGCACUGGGGUUGUACACCAAGCUCCUUACUUUGGUGCUGAUGACUAUCGGGUCUGUAUGGAUUUCAAUAUCAUUCAGAAAGACUCUGUCCCUGUUUGCCCUGUGGAUGCUUCAGGCUGUUUCACAGGGGAAGUGGCAGAUUUUGCAGGACAGUAUGUGAAGGAUGCUGACAAAAAUAUUAUCAGGACCCUAAAGGAACAAGGUCGACUUCUUGCUGCCAGCACCUUCACCCACAGCUACCCUUUCUGCUGGAGGUCAGACACUCCCCUCAUUUACAAAGCAGUGCCUAGCUGGUUUGUUCGGGUGGAGCAUAUGGUAGACCAGCUGCUGAGGAACAAUGACCUAUGUUACUGGGUCCCAGAGUUUGUGCGAGAAAAGCGAUUUGGAAAUUGGCUGAAAGAUGCACGUGACUGGGCAAUUUCCAGAAACAGAUACUGGGGCACUCCUAUCCCACUGUGGGUCAGCGAUGACUUCGAGGAGGUGGUGUGUGUUGGGUCAAUGACAGAACUGGAAGAACUGUCAGGAGCAAAGAUCUCAGAUCUCCACAGAGAGAGCAUUGACCAUCUGACCAUUCCUUCACGCUGUGGGAAGGGAUUGUUGCAUCGCAUCUCUGAAGUGUUUGACUGUUGGUUCGAGAGUGGCAGCAUGCCCUAUGCUCAAAUUCAUUAUCCAUUUGAAAACAAGAGGGAGUUUGAGGAUGCAUUUCCUGCAGAUUUCAUUGCUGAAGGCAUUGACCAAACCAGAGGAUGGUUUUACACCCUGUUGGUGCUGGCCACAGCUCUCUUUGGACGGCCGCCAUUCAAAAAUGUGAUUGUGAAUGGGCUCGUCCUGGCAAGUGAUGGCCAAAAAAUGAGCAAACGCAAAAAGAAUUAUCCAGAUCCACUUUCAGUCAUUCAAAAAUAUGGUGCUGAUGCCCUCAGAUUAUACCUGAUUAACUCCCCUGUGGUGAGAGCAGAAAACCUCCGCUUUAAGGAGGAGGGUGUUCGAGAUGUCCUGAAGGAUGUGCUGCUACCUUGGUACAAUGCCUAUCGCUUCUUCAUCCAGAACGUCCUGAGGCUACAGAAGGAGGAAGAAAUGGAAUUCCUUUACAACGAGAACAUGGUUAAAGAAAGUACCAACAUCACAGACCGGUGGGUCCUGUCCUUUAUGCAGUCGCUCGUUGGGUUCUUUGAGACUGAAAUGGCAGCUUACAGACUCUAUACUGUGGUUCCUCGCCUAGUCAAGUUUGUGGAUGUUCUGACUAAUUGGUAUGUCAGGAUGAACCGUAGAAGAUUAAAGGGUGAAAAUGGGAUAGAGGAUUGUGUUAUGGCUCUGGAGACCUUGUUUAGUGUUCUGCUUUCUCUGUGCAGACUUAUGGCCCCCUAUACCCCUUUUCUUACUGAAUUGAUGUACCAGAAUCUGAAGACACUGAUUGACCCUGUUUCUGUCCAGGACAAGGACACAUUCAGUAUCCACUACCUCAUGCUGCCCCAUGUUCGAGAGGAAUUGAUUGACAAGAAAACCGAGAGUGCAGUAUCUAGAAUGCAGUCUGUGAUUGAACUCGGGCGAGUGAUUCGAGACCGCAAAACUAUUCCAAUAAAGUAUCCUUUGAAAGAAAUUGUAGUUAUUCAUCAGGAUCCAGAAGCUCUUAAUGAAAUUAAGUCAUUGGAGAAGUAUAUCAUUGAGGAAUUGAAUGUUAGAAAAGUUACAUUAUCUACAGAUAAAAACAAGUAUGGCAUUCGCCUAAGGGCAGAACCAGAUCACAUGGUCCUGGGGAAGCGUCUGAAGGGAGCCUUCAAGAUGGUGAUGACAUCCAUCAAGCAGCUGAGCAGUGAGGAGCUAGAGCAGUUCCAGGAGAGUGGGACCAUUGUUGUGGAAGGCCAUGAAUUGCAUGAAGAAGAUAUCCGCCUCAUGUACACCUUUGAUCAGGCAACAGGUGGAACGACACAGUUUGAAGCACACUCAGAUGCUCAGGCUUUGGUUCUCUUAGACGUCACCCCUGACCAGUCAAUGGUGGAUGAAGGAGUGGCUCGGGAAGUCAUCAAUCGUAUCCAGAAACUUCGAAAAAAGUGCAAUCUGGUUCCAACUGAUGAAAUAACAGUUUAUUAUAAAGCAAAAUCUGAAGGAAAGUAUCUGAAUAAUGUUAUCAAAAGCCACACAGAGUUCAUAUUUGCCACCAUAAAGUCUCCUUUAAAACCAUAUCCAGUUCCUACAUCAGAUGAAAUCCUUAUUCAAGAAAAAAUGCAGUUAAAAGGGUCAGACCUGGAAAUUACACUCACCAGAGGAUCUUCCAUGCCUGGCCCUGCUUGUGCAUAUGUCAAUCUUAACAUUUGUACAGAUGGCAGUGAACAAGGUGGAGUACUACUUCUGGAAAAUCCAAAAGGAGAUAAUAGGUUGGACCUUCUAAAGCUGAAGAGUGUUGUUACUAGCGUUUUUGGUGUAAAAAAUAGAGAGCUGGCUGUCUUCCAUGGUGAAACAGAAAUAAAAAAGCAAACCAACUUACUGAGUCUUAGUGGAAAAACACUUUGUGUGGCUGCAGGAUCAACUCCCUCUAUGGUCAACAGUCCUAGUACUCUUCUCUGUCAGUAUAUCAACCUACAGCUCUUGAAUGCAGACCCACAAGAGUGUUUAAUGGGAACAGUAGGCACUCUCCUGCUUGAAAAUCCACUUGGGCAGAAUGGGCUGACCCACCAAGGUCUUCUGUAUGAAACAGCCAAGGUGUUUGGCCUUCGGAGCAGGAAGCUAAAACUGUUUUUGAAUGAGGCUCAAACAGAAGAAAUUACAGAAGAAAUCCCCAUGAAGACUUUGAACACGAAGACUGUGUAUGUUUCUGUAUUGCCGACUACAGCAGACUUCUAACAUUCAGUUAUCUGUGUGGUUCAGUCAACCUUUCCCUGGCAUAUACCUCUUCUCCCCUCCCCCCAACCCCGGACACACACACGGACACAGACAUGUUGAUAUUUCCUUCAGGUGCAUGUAUAAUAUACUGCUUUUGGUCUAAAAUUGAAAUGGAAUUGAUCAAGUGACUUGAGGCUUCACAGUAAUAGUCACACUUAACCGUAAACACCUAUGUAGUCAUGUUGAGGAAAAGUUACAGUGUUACCUCAGCACUACAGAGUAUAUUUCUAUACUUGAAUUUUUAAGUAUAGAACAUAGUUGUUUAAAUGGUAUUGUGUGUGUGUGUGUGUGCGCACGUGUAUAUAUGUAUCUCUGUUAUCUGUCUAUCUCUCUAUAUAUAUAUCAUUCUGUGGCCUUUUAAAACUUAUUUGAAAUCUAUUGAAGGAAUGGACAGUGUUAUAUAUUUUUGCUACCUGGAUUUUCCUGGGUAAUUUGAUGGAAUAUUUUAAGUUUUAGUAAAUUAGGACAAUAAACUUUCUCACAGAUAAUAAACAUGUUAGAAGUAAUUCAUUCUCCCAUAGUUCAGUGAAACUUGGAAUUUGCAAUCUUUAAAGAACAAAAAAACUUAAUAGUGACUUCCAUAUUAAGACACUAGACCAAAUAUCUAAUUUCACUUCUUCCCAAAAUCCUGUGUCAAAGAAGCAUAUGCCAAGACAAAAUUAGAUGGGCAAGAAUUUAUUGGGGGAAGCAUACAUGAAAGAUAAAGGAGAGAGAGUAAAGGCAAAGGUAGAGAGAGCCUUCAGGCAGAAAUGACCUGACUUUGGACCCAUGCCUUGCUCAGUCAGUGGCUGGGAGCAGCUGAGGGGGUCCAUGGCCUCAGCACAGAUGGAUCCAUUGAUCUGAAAAUGUAGUAGCUAGAAGCUGUCAACAAACUAUACUCCCUACAUCAGAUUCUCCUGAAAGGAGUUCUGAAUGGUGCAUCUUUAGCUGCUAGAAUAAAUGCAUUCAAAUCCAUACCCACAAAGUUGGAGGAAACCACACAAGAUAACAAGUGUUGGCAAGGAUCAGCGAAACUGGAACCCUUGUGCACUGUUGGUGGGAAUGUAAGAUGUUGCAGUCACUAUGGGAAACAGUAUAGAGGUUCCUCAAAAAUUAGAAGUAGAACUACCAUAUGAUCCAACAGUCAACUUCUGUUUACAUAUCCAAAAGAAUUGAAAGCAGGGCCUUGAAAAGAUAUUUGCACACCCAGGUUCAUUGCAGCAUUAUUCACAACAGCCAAGAGAUGGGGCAACCCAGAUGUCCACUGAGGGAUAAAUGGAUAAAGAAAAUGUAAUCUGUACAUACAAUAGAAUAUUAUUCAGUCUUAAGAAAGAAGGAUGAACCUUGAGGACAUUAAGCAAAGUGAAAUAAGCCAGUCACAAAAAGACAAAUACUGUGUGAUUCCACUUGUAUGAGGUACCUAAAGUAGUCAAAUUCAUUGAAACAAAAUGCAAUGGUGGUUGCCACGUGUUGCAGGGAAGGAGAAAUGGUGAGCUGUUCAAUGGGAAUAGUUUUAGUUUUGCAAGUUUUGAAGAGUUCUAGAGGUCUUUUGCACAAAAAUGUGAACAUAGUUAACAUACUAAACUUGAUCCUUAAAAAUAGCUAAGUUGGUACAUUUUAUGUAUCUUUUACCACAAUUUAAAAAAUUUUUUGAAUGUCAGAGGGACAGAAGCCAACCUGAAAGAGCUCCCAGUGGCCAAAGCUGGAACAGUUUGAACAAACAUAUAAUGUAAUAUUGAAUUAAAAUCCAAAAUAUAAAAUAAAUAUCAAUGAGUACAUGCUGAUAUAAAUGAUUGAAUAAAUAAAUGAGAGAGGUGAGGCAAAUCUAUAUAAAAUUCCAAAUAAUGUAUAUACAUACUCUUUCACAAGGUGGUGUACCUUAACUCCCCACACCUUGAGAGAGGGCUGUACUUUGUGACUUCAAAAGAGUGGAGUAUGUGAAGGGGGCAAAAAGUAACUUCACAGUUUAGAAAACUGACAAACACUACCUCAGACAGGUUAACAUCAUCAGGCAUGAUAGCAUAUACUCUUUUUUUUUUAUAAUUUUUUUAUUGAUGUGUAGUUGAUUUACAAUGUUGUGUUAGUUUCUGCUGUACAGCAAAGAGAUUCAGUUAUAUAUGCAUAUAUUAUUUUUCAUAUUCUUUUCCAUUAUGGUUUGUCACAGAAUAUUGAAUAUCGUUCCCUAUGCCCUGACCAUUUUUUUUAAUAACAUCUUUAAUGGAGUAUAAUUGCUUUACAGUGUUGUGUUAGUUUCUGCUGUAUAACAAAGUGAAUCAGCUAUAUGGAUACAUACAUCCCCAUAUCCCCUCUCUCUUGCACCUCCUUCCCACCCUCCCUAUCCCACCCAUCUAGGUGGUCACAAAGUACCGAGCUGCUCUCCCUGUGCUAUGCAGCUGCUUACCACUAGUUAUCCAUUUUACAUUUGGUAGUGUAUAUAUGUCAGUGCUACUCUCUCACUUCAUCCCAGCUCCAUUCUCUACAUCUGCAUCAUUAUUCCUGUCCUGCCCCUAGGUUCAUGAGAACCAUUUUAUUUUUAGAUUGCAUAUAUGUGUGUUAGCAUAUGGUAUUUGUUUUCCUCCGUCUGACUUCACUCUGUGUGACCAACUUUAGGUCCAUCCACCUCACUACAAAUGACUCAAUUUCGUUUCUUUUUAUGGCUGAGUAAUAUUCCAUUGUAUAUAUGUGCCACAUCUUCUUUAUCCAUUCAUCUGUUGAUGGACACUUAGGUUGCUUCCAUGUCCUGGCUAUUGUAAAUAGAGCUGCAAUGAACAUUUUGGUACAUGACUCUUUUUGAAUUAUGGGUUUCUCAGGGUAUAUGCCCAGUAGUGGGAUUACUGGGUCGUAUGGUCUUUCUAUUUGUAUUUUUUUAAGGAACCACCAUACUGUUCUCCAUAGUGGCUGCAUCAAUUUACAUUCCCACCAACAGUGCAAGAGGGUUCCCUUAUCUCCACACCCUCUCCAGCAUUUAUUGUUUGUAGAUUUUUUGAUGAUGGCCAUUCUAACCACUGUGAGGUGAUACCUCAUUGUGGUUUUGAUUUGCAUUUCUUUAAUGAUUAGUGAUGUUGAGCAUCCCUUCAUGUGUUAGUUGGCAAUCUGUAUCUUCUUUGGAGAAAUGUCUGUUUAGGUCUUCCACCCAUUUUUAGAUUGGGUUGUUUGUUUUUUUGUUUGUUUUGUUUUUUUGUUUGUUUUUGCGGUAUGCAGACCUCUCACUGUUGUGGCCUCUCCCGUUGCAGAGCACAGGCUCUGGACACGCAGGCUCAGCGGCCAUGGCUCACGGGCCCAGCUGCUCCACGGCAUGUGGGAUCUUCUCGGACCGGGGCACGAACCCGUGUCCCCUGCAUCGGCAGGCAGACUCUCAACCACUGCACCACCAGGGAAGCCGUGGGUUGUUUGUUUUUUUGAUAUUUGGCUGCAUGAGCUGCUUGUAUAUUUUGGAGAUUAAUCCUUUGUCAGUUGCUUUGUUUGCAAAUAUUUUCUUCCAUUCUGAGGGUUGUUUUUUCAUCUUGUUUAUGGUUUCCUUUGCUGUGCAAAAGCUUUUAAGUUUCCUUAGGCCCCAUUUGUUUAUUUUUGGUUUUAUUUCCAUUUCUCUAGGAUGUGGGUCAAAAAGGAUCUUGCUAUGAUUUAUGCCAUAAAGUGUUCUGCCUAUGUUUUCCUCUAAGACUUUUAAAGUGACUGGCCUUAAAUUUAGGUCUUUAAUCCAUUUUGAGUUUAUUUUUGUGUAUGGUGUUAGGAAGUGUUCUAAUUCCAUUCUUUUCCAUGUAGCUGUCCAAUUUCUAGCACCACUUAUUAAAGAGACUGCCUUUACUCCAUUGUAUAUUCUUGCCUCCUUUAUCAAAGAUAAGGUGACCAUAUGUGUGUGGGUUUAUCUCUGGGCUUUCUAUCCUGUUCCAUUGAUCUAUCUUUCUGUUUUUGUGCCAGGACCAUACUGCCUUGAUUACUGUAGCUUUGUAGUAUAGUCUGAAGUCCGGGAACCUGAUUCCUCCAGCUCCGUUUUUCUUUCUCAAGAUUGCUUUGGCUAUUCAGGGUCUUUUGUGUUUCCAUACAAAUGGUAAAAUUUUUUGUUCUAGUUCUGUGAAAAAUGCCAUUGAUAGUUUGAUAGGGAUUGCAUUGAAUCUGUAGAUUGCUUUGGGUAGUAUAGUCAUUUUCACAGUGUUGAUUCUUCCAAUCUAAGAACAUGGUAUGUCUCUCCAUCUGUAUUGUCUUAGAUUUCUUCCAUCAGUGUCUUAUAGCUUUCUGCAUACAGGUCUUUUGCCUCCUUAGGUAGGUUUAUUACUAGUUAUUUUAUUCUUUCUGUUGCAGUGGUAAAUAGGAGUGUUUCCUUAAUUUCUCUUUCAGGUUUUUCAUCAUUAGUGUAUAGGAAUGCAAGAGAUUACUGUGCAUUAAUUUUGUAUCCUGAUACUUUACCAAAUUCAUUGAUUAGCUCUAAUAGUUCUCUGGUAGCAUCUUUAGGAUUCUCUAUGUAUACUAUCAUGUCAUCUGCAAACAGUGACAGUUUUACUUCUUCUUUUCCAAUUUGUAUUCCUUUUAUUUCUUUUUCUUCUCUGAUUGCCAUGGCUAGGACUUCCAAAACUAUGUUAAAUAAUAGUAGUGAGAGUGCACAACCUUGUCUUGUUCCUGAUUUUUGAGGAAAUGGUUUCAGUUUUUCACCAUUGAGAAUGAUGUUGGUUGUAGGUUUGUCAUAUAUGGCCUUUUUUAUGUUGAGGUAGGUUCCCUCUAUGCCCACUUUCUGGAGAGUUUUUAUCAUAAAUGGGUGUUGAAUUUUGUCAGAAGCUUUUUCUGCAUCUAUUGAGAUUGUCAUAUGGGUUUUGUGGGGUUUUUUAAUUUAUUUUAUUUAUUUUUUGGCUGCAUUGGGUCUUAGUUGCUGCACGGGCUUUCUGUAUCUGUGGCAAGCAGGGCCUUCUCUUCGUUGCGGUGCGUGGGCUUCUCAUUGUGCUGGGUUCUCUUGUUGCAGAGCACAGGCUCUAGGCGCACGGGCUUCAGUAGUCGCAGCAUGCGGGCUCAGUAGUUGUGGUGCACAGGCUUAGUUGCUCUGCUGCAUGUGGGAUCUUCCCAAGCCAGGGCUCAAAUCCGUGUCCCCUGCAUUGGCAGGAGGCUUCUUAACCACUGCGCCACCAAGGAAGCCCCUAUCAUAUGGUUUUUCUCCUUCAAUUUGUUAAUAUGGUGUAUCACAUUCAUUGAUUUGUCUAUAUUGAAGAAUCCUUGCAUUCCUGGUAUAAACCGCACUUGGACCAUGGUUUAUGAUCCUUUUAAUGUGUUGUUGGAUUCUGUUUGCUAGUAUUUUGUUGAGGAUUUUUGCGUGUAUGUUCGUCAGUGAUACUGGCCUGUAAUUUUCUAUUUUUGUGACAUCUUUGUCAGGUUUUGUUAUCAGGGUGAUGGUGGCCUCGUAGAAUGAGUUUGGGAAUGUUCCUCCCUCUGCUAUAUUUUGAAAGAGUUUAGAAGGAUAGGUGUUAGCUCUUCUCUAAAUGUUUGAGAGAAUUCACCUGUGAAUUCAUCUGGUCCUGGGCUUUUGUUUGUUGGAAGAUUUUAAAUCACAGUUUCAAUUUCAGUGCUUGUGAUUGGUCUGUUCAUAGUUUCUAUUUCUUCCAGGUUCAGUCUUGGAAGGUUGUGCUUUUCUAAGAAUUUGUCCAUUUCUUCCAGAUUGUCCGUUUUAUUGGCAUAUUGUUGCUGGUAGUAGUCUCUCAUGAUCCUUUGUAUUUCUGCAGUGUCAGUUGUUACUUCUCCUUUUUCAUUUCCAAUUCUAUUGAUUUGAGUCUUCUCCCAUUUUUUCUUGAUGCGUCUGGCCAGUGAUUUAUCACUUUCGUUUAUCUUCUCAAAGAACCAGCUAUUACUUCUAUUGUCCUUUGCUAUUGUGUCCUUCUUUUUUUUUUUUCAUUUAUUUCUGCUCUGAUCUUCAUGAUUUCUUUCCCUCUGCUAAGUUUAGGGUUUUUUUUGUUCUUCUUUCUCUAAUUACAUGUAAUGUUAGGUUGUUUAUUUUAGAUUUUUCUUGUUUCUUGAGGUAGGAUUGUAUUGCUAUAAACUUCCCUCUUAGAAUUGCUUUUGCUGCAUCCCAUAGGUUUUGGGUCAUCGUGUUUUCAUUGUCAUUUGUUUCUAGAUAUUUUUUUAUUUCCUCCUUGAUUUCUUCACUGAUAUCUUGGCUAUUUAGUACUGUAUUGUUUAGCCUCCAUGUGUAUGUAUUUUUUACAGAUCUUUUUCCUGGAAUUGAUAUCUAGUCUCAUAGUAUUGUGGUCGGAAAAGAUACUUGAUAUGAUUUUAAUUUUCUUAAAUUUACCAAGGCUUGAUUUGUGACCCAAGAUAUGAUCUAUCCUGGAGAAUGUUCCAUGAGCACUUGAGAAGAAAGUGUAUUCUGUUGUUUUUGGAUGGAAUGUCCUAUAAAUAUCAAUUAAGUCCAUCUUGUUUAAUGUAUCAUUUAAAGCUUGUGUUUCCUUUUUUAUUUUCAUUUUGGGUGAUCUGUCCGUUGGAGAGCGUGGGGUGUUAAAGUCCACUACUAAUGAUUGUGUUACUGUUGAUUUCCCCUUUUAUGGCUGUUAGUAUUUGCCUUAUGUAUUGAUGUGCUUCUAUGUUGGGUACAUAAAUAUUUACAAUUGUUUUAUCUUUUUCUUGGAUUGAUCCCUUGAUCAUUAUAUAGUGUCCUUCUUUGUCUCUUGUAAUAGUCUUUGUUUUAAUGUCUAUUUUGUCUGUUAUGAGAAUUGCUGCUCCAGCUUUCUUUUGAUAUCCAUUUGCAUGGAAUAUAUUUUUCCUUCCCCUCACCUUCAGUCUGUAUGUGUCCGUACGCAUGAAGUGGGUCUCUUGUAGACAGCAUAUAUACAGGUCUUGUUUUUGUAUCCAUGCAGCCAUUCUGUUUCUUUUGGUUGGAGCAUUUAAUCCAUUUACAUUUAUGGUAAUUAUCAAUAUGUAUGUUCCUAUUACCAUUUUCUUAAUUGUUUUGGGUUUGUUAUUGUAGGUCUUUUACUUCUCUUGUGUUUCCUGCCUAGAGAAGUUCCUUUAGCAGUUGUUGUAAAGCUGAUUUGGUGGUGCUGAAUUCUCUUAGCUUUUGCUUGUCUGUAAAGGUUUUAAUUUCUCCAUCAAAUCUGAAUGAGAUCUUUGCUUGGUAGAAUAAUCUUGGUUGUAGGUUUUUCCCUUUCAUCACUUUAAAUAUGUCCUGCCACUCCCUUCUGGCUUGCAGAGUUUCUGCUGAAAGAUCAGCUGUUAACCUUAUGGGGAUUCCCUUGUGUGUUAUUUGUUGUUUUUCCCUUGCUGCUUUUAAUAUUUUUUCUUUGUAUUUAAUUUUUGAUAAUUUGAUUAAUAUGUGUCUUGGCAUGUUUCUCCUUGGAUUUAUCCUGUGUGGGACUCUCUGUGCUUCCUGGAGGUGAUUAACUAUUUCCUUUCCCAUAUUAGGCAAGUUUUCAACUGUAAUCUCUUCAUAUAUUUUCACAGUCCCUUUCUUUUGCUCUUCAUCUUCUGGGACCCCUGUAAUUCGAAUGUUGGUACAUUUAAUGUUGUCCCAGAGGUCUCUCAGACUGUCCUCAAUUCUUUUCUUUUUUUUUCUUUAUUCUGCUCUGCGGUAGUUAUUUCCACUAUUUUAUUUUCCAGGUCACUUUUCUGUUCUUCUGCCUCAGUUAUUCUGCUAUUGAUCCCUUGUAGGGAAUUUUUAAUUUCAUUUAUUGUGUUGUUCAUCACUGUUUGUUUGCUCUUUAGUUCUCUUAGGUCCUUGUUACAUGUUUCUUGUCUUUUCUCCAUUCUAUUUCCAAGAUUUUGGGUCAUCUUUACUAUCAUUAUUCUGAAUUCUUCUUCAGGUAGACUGCCUAUUUCCUCUUAAUUUGUUAGGUCUGGUGGGUUUUUACCUUGCUCCUUCAUCUGCUAUGUGUUUUUCUGUCUUCUCAUUUUACUUAACUUACUGUGUUUGGGGUCUCCUUUUCACAGGCUGCAGGUUCGUAGUUCCUGUUGUUUUUGGUGUCUGUCCCCAGUGGCUAAGGUUUGUUUAGUGGGCUGUGCAGGCUUCCUGGUGGAGUGGAUUUGUGCCUGUGUUCUGGUGGAUGAGGCUCGAUCUUGUCUUUCUGUUGGGCAGCUCCAUGUCUGGUGGUGUGUUUUGGGGUGUCUGUGGCCUUAUUAUGAUUUUAGGCUGCCUCUCUGCUAAUGGGUGGGGUUGUGUUCCUGUUUUGCUAGUUGUUUGGCAUAGGGUGUCCAGCACUGGAGCUUGCUGGUUGUUCAGUGGAGCUGGGUCUUGGCAUUGACAUGGAGAUCUCUGGGAGAUUUUUGCUGUUUGAUAUUACGUGGAACUGGGAGGUCUCUUGUGGACCAGUGUCCUGAACUUGGCUCUCCCACCUCAGAGGCACAGCCCUGACACCUGACUGGAGCACCAAGAGCCUGUCAUCCACAUAUCUCAGAAUCAAAGGGAGAAAUAAAAAAGAAAGAAAGAAAGAAGAAGAUCAAAUAAAGUGAUUAAAAUAAAAAUUUAAAAAUAAUUAUUGAAAAAUAUUUUUAAAGUAAUUAAAACAGAAAGAAAGAAGAGAGCAACCAAACCAAAAAACAAAUCCACCAAUGAUAACAAGCGCUAAAAAGUAUACUAAAAAAACAAAAACACUGAUAGACAGAACCCUAGGACAAAUAGUAAAAGCAAAGCUAUACAGACAAAAUCACACACAGAAUCAUACACAUACACACUCACAUAAAGAGAAAAAGGGAAAAAUAUAUAUAUAUCGUUGCUCCCACAGUCCACCUCCUCAAUUUGGGAUGAUUCGUUGUCUAUUCAGUUAUUCCACAGAUGUAGGGUACAUCAAGUUGACUGUGGAGAUUUAAUCCACUGCUCCUGAGGCUGCUGGGAGAGAUUUCCCUUUCUCUUCUUUGUUCGCACAGCUCCCGGUGUUCAGCUUUGGAUUUGGCCCCGCCUCUGCACGUAGGUCGCCUGAGGGUUCGCUCAGAUAGGACGGAGUUAAAGGAGCAGCUGAUUCAGGGGCUCUGGCUCACUCAGGCGGUGGGGAGGGAGGGGCAAGCCUACGGUGGCAGAGCCGGGCGUGACAUUGCAACAGCCUGAGGCACGCCGCGUGUUCUCCUGGGGCAGUUGUGCCUGGAUCACGGCACCCUGGCAGUGGCGGGCUGCACAGGCUCUCGAAGGGGAGGUGUGGAUAGUGACCUAUGCUCGCACACAGGCUUUUUGGUGGCGGCAGCAGCAGCCUUAGCAUCUCAUGCCCAUCUCUGGGGUCCGCGCUGAUAGCCACAGCUCGCACCCGUCUCUGGAGCUCCUUUAAAUGGCCCUCUCCUCGCGUACCAGGGAACAAAGAGGCUAGAAAAAUUCUCUUGCCUCUUCGGCAGUUCCAGACUUUUUCCCAGACUCCCUUCCGGCUAGCUGUGGUGCACUUGCCCCCUUCAGGCUGUUUCAUCCAGCCAACUCCAGUCCUCUCCCUGGGGUCUGAGCUCUGAAGCCUGAAGCCCGAGCCUCAGCUCCCAGCCCCCACCCGCCCCAGCAGGCAAGCAGACAACCUCUUGGGCUGGUGAGUGCUGGUCGGCACCGAUCCUCUCUGCGGGAAUCUCUACGCUUUGCCCUCUGCACCCCUGUUGCUGUGCUCUCCUCCAUGGCUCUGAAGUCUCUCCCCUCCGCCACCCGCAGUCUCCACCCGUGAAGGGGCUUCUAGUGUGUGGAAACCUUUCCUCCUUCACAGCUCCCUCCCACUGGUGCAGGUCCCGUCCCUAUCCUUUUGUCUCUGUUUAUUCUUUUUUCUUUUGCCCUACCCAGGUGCGUGGGGAGUUCUUGCCUUUUGGGAGGUCUCCUGUCUUCUGCCAGCAUUCAAUAGGUGUUCUUUAGGAGUUGUUCCACAUGUAGAUGUAUUUCUGAUGUAUUUGUGGGGAGGAAGGUGAUCUCCACGUCUUACUCUUCCGCCAUCUUGAAGCUCCCCCUAGCAUUUUGACUAGAGAUUUGGGGGGGCUUUUUUUUUUUUUGUCUGCACCCUGUGGCAUUCCUGAAUUGUUGGCUUCUUCAGCUCUAAGUCUAGGAUAUACAAGGCAAAAAGAAAACCCAAAGAACUGACCAGCAUUUUGUUCCUUGGGUCCUGUGAUAUUGUGAUUUAUAAUGAACAUAUAUUUAGUCUUUGUCCCUAUUUCUGGCACAGAGCUCCUAAAAUCCUUGUAAUUUCCUGUAAUGAAAGAUAAAGGUGUCUCUUGUUAUGUUUGGACAAUGGCUAAGGAUGAGGACUGGUUGCCAGGAGAACCAACCAUGUGAUUAGAGGGUUGGAAUUUUCAGUCCCACCCCCACCUCCCCAACUUCCAGGGAGUGGAGAGGGGCUGGAGAUUGAGUUCAAUCACCAGUGGCCAGUGAUUUAAUCAAUCAUGCCCAUGUAACGAGGCCUCCAUAACAGCCCAAAGGGCAAGGUUCAGAGAGCUUCUGGGAUGGUGAACACUCGGAGAUAUGGGGAGAGUGGCACACCUAGAGAGGGCAUGGAGGCUCCUUAUUUGUCCCCCAUACCUUGCCCUAUGCAUCUCUUCCAUCUGGCUGUUCCUGAAUUAUAUCCUUUUAUAAUAACCUGGUAAUCCAAUAAAUAAAAUGUUUCUCUUGAAUUCUGUGAGCAGCUCUAGCAAAUUUAUCAAACCCAAGGAAGGGGUCAUUGGAAUCUAUAUCCUAUCAGAAGCCCAGGUGACAACUUGGACUUGAGAUUGGCAUCUGAAGUGAAGGGAUCAGUCUUGUGGAUCUGAGCCAUUAACAUGUGGAAUCUAGUGCUAUCUCCAGGUAAACAGUGUCAGAAUUGAGUUGAAUUGUAGGACACCCAGCUGGUGUCCAAGAAUUCCAUGAUGGGGGACUUCCCUGGUGGCCCAGUGGUUAAGAAUCCGCCUGCCGUGCAGGGGACACGGGUUCAAGCCCUGGUCCGGGAAGAUGCCACAUGCUACAGAGCAACUGAACCCGUGCACCACAACUGCUAAGCCUGCAUUCUGGAGCCCGCAAGCCACGACUACUGAGCCCACAUGCUGCAACUACUGAAGCCUGCGUGCCUAGAGCCCGUACUCUGCAUCAAGAGAAGCCACCACAGUGAGAAGCCCACACACUGCAACGAAGAGUAGCUCCUGCUCGCCAACUAGAGAAAGCCCGCACGCAGCAAUGAAGACCCAACACAGCCCCAAAUUAAUUAAUUAAUUACCAAAAAAAACCCACGAAUUGCAUGAUGGUGUGGGGAAACCCCACCUCCCACACACUGAAAGUAAGUGCAGACUCCUUAGGUCCCAAGAACCGUUGUCUUUCUGCCUUCUUCUCUCCACAUUUCAGAGCCUUCUUAUGUUUGAUUUAUUUGUAAUUUCCAGGGAUUUCGUUGUACUUAGAGGAAUGAACAGGGGAAAAGUGCAUCUACUCCAUCUUUCCAGAAAAAUAGAAUUGUUCUGAGAAUUAUGUGAGGCAGUGAUUCUCAACUAGAGGUGAUAAUGCCCCCCAGGGAAGGGAGCAUUUGGCAGUCUGGAGACUUUUUUGGUUGUCACAACUGGUCGGUGGGGGUGCUGCUCACAUCUAAGUGAGUAGAGGCUAGGGAUGCUGCUAAACAUCCUACAGUGCACAGGAUGGCUCCCACAACAAAGAAUUAUCUAGCCCCAAAUAUUAAUAGUACCAAGUUUUAGAAGCCCUGCUGUGACUUUGUGAAAGGACAUUGUGAACUACUAGACACCAUUUAUCAUUACCAUCAUGAGAGAAAAACAUGUUUAUGUGCAUUUGAGCAAGCUGCCUCCACAGAUCAAAGGUUUUUUCCCUGUUGUUUUACAUCAGUAUAUGACAAGAAUCUGGACAUUUAAAGCUUCUACGCUAUAGGCUAAGAGAUUUUAAGCUUCUAUACUGUAAGCAGAGAGCACCAAACACAGCACACUGCACACACUAGGCAGUUUAUAAAUGCCUACUAUCCAGCACACAACAGAGCUUUUCAAUCUAGAGAGGUCUGUGGAUCUUCCAAAGAGCAAACCUUAAGGAGAAUAAGAAGAUGACAUUAAUAUAAGCUUCCAAGCAGGUACAUUAAAAAUGAAUAUUCUAAAUACAGGUAUCAGGCAUCAGCAACAUUUUCCCGUUGCUGGCCUGAGGAGGAUUCAAAGGAAAGAAAGAUCCAGGUGGCAGAUACCAAACUACUAAUGAAGCUCAGGUUUCCAUUUUAAAUGCCUCUGUCUCCCAACUCCAAAUGUUGUUCCUAAUAAUCUUAAUAAUCUCUUUACACUAUCAAGGAUAAGUAUCAAGGGGUCUGUGGAGGGCAGUAAAAGCGGAUAAGAGUAGAAGAUAAUGGGGUGAAGUUGGGAAUAUAGAAAUCAUAUCACAAAUUUGUAGCAUAGGCAAGAGAAGUGGAAAUUUCAGUGCCUGACAAAACCAAAAAACUGCAAAUCAGGGUUAGACAGCCACCUUGGGAACACAACUCAUAUGGGUGGAGGAUGGAUGGAUGGAUGGGACAGUUUAUCCAGCCUAGACCUGACUCUACUGAUAUUAAACCAAAAAUGCUCAAUUAACUUCUCAGAUAUCUUCAUUUUCUUGCAUGACAUAUUAAGGACUUACUACUUACCAAAACCUUUCUUCCCUUCUUGAGCUGGCAAGUAUCAAUUUAUGUCUUCUGUAUUUCAGGAAGUACCCUUUCUUCCCUUCUUGAGCUGGUAAGUAUCAAUUUAUGUCUUCUAUAUUUUAGGAAGUAUCCCCACAUUCUAAAGUACUAGUGUUAAAUAGUCUGUUUUCCUUACAUGUACACACACACAGGAGACAGCCCAGUCCACUGGCUUUGGAGUACCUGGGUUUAAAUUUAUGGGUUCAAAUUCAGCUCCUUGCCAGGUAUCUGACCAAAGGUUGUUAUUUAUAACUCUCUCAGUGCUUGAUUACCCUCUUUUCUUUGUUUUGUUUUGUUUUUUUGGCUACACCAUGUGGCUUACAGAAACUUAGUUCCCCAACCAGGGAUUGAACCCUGGCGCCACGGCGGUGAAAACACCGAGUCCUAACGCCUGGACAGCCAGGGAAUUCCUGCUUACCCUCAUUUUCUAAUAGCAAGAAUAUUGUAAGGAAUAAAUGAAAAAUGCUAAAGUUUCUACCACAGUUCCUAGCAUUUUGAUCCAUGAAGGAUAACUGUUGGUAUAAUAAUAUUUAUAUUAUAUAUAAUGUAUUAAUAUAAAAUAUUAUUAUUGGCCUUCCACACCCUUCUCAAUCUCUUCAACUGACAAGCACUCACCUAACCACUCUGUCUUUAUCCAUUCCUGUUGGCAUAUUUUCUAGCUUCCACUUCUGUGCCAAUGAGAUCUACAUUCAGAAUUCCAAGUCUGAAGUAUCCUGGCUUUAUACCUGUGUAGGAUAAUCUUUAUUUGGUUUCUAUAUCAGUCAACAAUUGCCACACUAAUCCUGUAUAAUGAAACACCCCAAAACUCAGUAGCUUAACAGAACCAUCAUUUAUUCUCAUUCUUAAGUCUAUAGGUUGGCUGGGAGUCAGCUGGUCCAGGCUCGACUGGAUCCAAGCGCAAAUUACAUAUAGGUCUUUUCCACGUGUCUCUCUCAUCCUCCCUAGACCACAGGGCUACCCAAGACAAUUUCUUAUCAUAGUGAUGACAGAAGCUUCUGAAGGGGCAGUAGAAACACAUGACUGUUAAGCUUAGUCUCAGGGCUGGUACACUGUCACUUGUGCCUACCUCAUUGGCAAGAGCAAGUCAUAUGACUAUGCCCAACAUCAGUGGGGCAGAGAAAUAGACUGUAGCUUCAGUGGAAGCAUAUGGAAAGUCACACAGCAAAGAGCAGAGAUAUGGAGAGGGUUGAAGAAUUGGCAACAAUAAUGCAAUUGAGCAUAGCUUCCUAUACUCCUCUUGCUGAUCCUCAAUUUCUUGUUGGCCCAUUAUGUGCCUCAGCCUCACACUUCAGAGCCCAGGCUUGAGUAACAUUGUUUUCUUUCCUGCAUCAGAGUGAUUGACCAGAACCCAUUGUUCAUUUACCAAACAAUAAACAAGGCAUAAUGGGGGAAACAAUCAUGUGUGAAGCCUGGUUCCUGCUCUCAAGGUAUUCCCAGACUGGUGUAGAAGGUAGAACAAAAGAAUAAAUAAUUCUACUAGAAAGCAGAAUGUGGGGGGCACCCUAAAAUAUAAAUGUGAUAAAUUUACCAUAUGACCCCACAAUUCCACUCCUAGGUAUCUGUAUGCAGUAAAUGAAAAUAUCUACCCACAAAAAAAACUUGUACAUGAACGUUUACACUAUUAUUAUUUAUAAAUGUCAGUAAGUGAAAACAACACAAAUGUUCAUUAACUAAUGAAUGGACAAGGAAAAUGUGGUAUAUUCAUACAAUGGAAUAUUAUUUGGUAAUUAAAAAGAAUGAUGUACUGGUACAUGCUAAAGCAUGGAUGAAUCUCAAAAACAUUAUGAUAAGUGAAAGAAGACAGACACAGAAGACCCCACAUAUUGUACAACUGCAUUUGUAUGAAAAGUCCAGACAUCAAAUCAAUUGAGACAGAAAGUAGAUUAGUUGUUGUCAGGGCCUGCAAGUGGGCAAGGGGAUCUUGUUGGGCUUAUCGAAAUGUUCUAAAACUGAAUUGUGGUAAUGGCUGCACAAUUGGUUAUAGUUACUAAAAUUCAUUGAAUUGGGUGAAUUGAAAUGGGUGAAUUUUGGGCUUCCCUGGUGGUGCAGUGGUUGAGAGUCCGCCUGCCGAUGCAGGGGACGCAGGUUCGUGCCCCUGUCCGGGAGGAUCCCACAUGCCGCGGAGCGGCUGGGCCCAUGAGCCAUGGCCGCUGAGCCUGCGCGUCCGGAGCCUGUGCUCUGCAGCGGGAGAGGCCACAGCAGUGAGAGGCCCGCGUACCGCCAAAAAAAAAAAAAAAAGAAAGAAAGAAA